GCGCAUGAAGAAGGAGAAAGCUAACUUCAUCGAACUACAGUUUUGUAAACUAUACGAGGUUUUUAACCACCAAAAUGUCUCAACUAAAUGUGUUCAGGGAUUUUCUCAAUGAGCGAUUAACAACCUCAGCUUUGGAGAUAUUCGCGGCCGCUGAAAAAUUGUUUGCCGAGUUCGAAGAGGAGAUUUUUCGUUCGAAGGAGGAGAGCACGCGACUACAACGCUUGUUGGACAUUGUUACUCAACCUGAGAUCAAGCUUCACCGAAAAGAUGUGCAGCAGCUCUCUCUCCCGGAGCCCCCACAGAUUAAAGAGGAACAGGACCUCUGGACCAAUCAGGAUGAAGAGCAGCUCCAACGACUGCAGUCUGAAACCACAGACUCCAUGUUCACUUCUCCCAGUGUGAAACAUGACUCUGAUCAGGAAGGCUUUUCUGAAUGUUCACAUCUUGACCAAACUGUUAAAUUGGAGAACAGAGAAGAAGACUCUCUACCCAGCAACACAACUGAGGAGCAAAUCAAAGCAGAGCCUGAUGGACAAAAUUAUGCAGCACCAGAACCAGGCAGUGACUCUCAGCCCCUCUCUGUUGUAGCUCCAGACUGUCCUACAGCUCAGGAGGAAGAGGAACAUGGAGGAGUGCUGCUUCUUCAAAACGGAACACGAAACAGUGAGGUUCUGGAAAGGGAAAAUAUGCCACAGAGACGUCAUACAGAAGAGAAAUACUAUCAAUGUCAACAAUGUAACAAACAGUUUGCUCAGAAGGGUAAUUUGGUUAAACACAUGAAGACACACACAGGAAAGAAACCUUUUCAGUGUCAACAAUGUAACAAACAGUUUGCUCUGAAGGGUCAUUUUGUUGUGCACAUGAGGCAACACACAGGAGAGAACCCACAUCAGUGUCAACAAUGUAACAAGCAGUUUGCUCAGAAGUGUAAUCUGGUUAUUCAUAUGAGGACACACACAGGAGAGAAACCUUAUCAAUGUCCUGAAUGUAACAAACUAUUUACUCAAAGUAAUAGUCUAACUGGACACAUGAGGACACACACAGGAGAGAAACCUUAUCAAUGUCAGGAAUGCAGCAAACAAUUUGCUCAACGUAGUAGUCUAGCUGGACACAUGAAUAGACACACUGGAGAUAAAUCAUAUCCGUGUCAACAAUGUAACAAAAGGUUUACUCUGAAGUCUAACCUGGCUGUGCACAUGAGGAAACACACAGGAGAAAAACCAUAUCAAUGUCAACAAUGUAACAAACGUUUUGCUCAGAGGUGUUAUCUGGUUGAACACAUGAGGACACACACAGGAGAGAAACCUUUUAAAUGUCAGGAAUGUAGCAAAAGCUUUACUCAAAGUAGUUCUCUGAUAAAACACAAGAGGAUACACACAGGAGAGAAACCUUAUCAAUGUCAGGAAUGUAGCAAACCCUUUUCUCAAACUAGUGCUUUGUAUGCACACAUGAGGGCACACACGAGGACACACAGGAGAGAAACCAUAUCAGUGUCAACACAGCAACAGGGACCGUAUUCACCAAAUGUUUUAUAUUACCACUAAGAGUUCUCCUAAAUAGCAGUAAAAGUUCUUAGGUAAGAGUUUCAUCUUUAAAAAGGGGAGAAAUCUUAAGCCAAUACAAAGGGCGGGGUUGAACUUGUUGCUAUGGAUAAUGUCAACAAGCUUACUAACAAUACCCACAGUGAUUGGCUAAUAGGGGGAUGGAUCUCUGUCAAGUAUUUCAUCAUAGAAAUAUUGUGUAACAAGGUAUUAUGUUGUGAUGUGUAAAGUUUUAGAAAUACAAUUUUUCCCAUAUUCAAAUAAAGAUAGGGUGUAGGUUGUGUCACUAAUAAAUCAAGUAUGUAUAUAUAUAGCUAAUUGUCAGUCUCUUACACAUGCAUCUCGUAAACAAAUAGCGAAUAUGUAUAAAGGCAGUC